GAAGUUAAUCACGUGUUUGGAAGGAGAGAAAAUGGCAGGAAUCGUGGUGGUUUUCGACUUCGACAAGACGAUCAUCGACGUCGACAGUGAUAAUUGGGUGGUGGAUGAGUUGGGUGCCACUGAUCUGUUCAAUCAACUCCUCCCCACCAUGCCCUGGAACUCCCUCAUGGAUAGAAUGAUGAAGGAGCUUCAUUCACAGGGGAAGACCAUUGAUGACAUCGCUGAGGUUCUCAAGAGGAUUCCAAUACAUCCAAGGGUGGUUCCUGCCAUUAAAUCAGCCCAUGCUUUAGGGUGUGAUUUGAAGAUAGUAAGUGAUGCGAAUCUCUUCUUUAUCGAGACGAUUCUGAAGCAUCUUGGCGUAAUGGACUGUUUUUCGGAGAUCAACACCAACCCCAGUUUUGUAGAUGAAGAAGGAAGGCUCAGGAUCUUCCCUCACCAUGAUUUCACCUCAUCUUCCCAUGGCUGCAGUCUCUGCCCUCCAAACAUGUGUAAGGGCAUGGUGAUAAAGAGGAUUCAGGCUUCUAUAUCCACAGAAAAAUUCAUCUACCUUGGAGACGGAAGCGGUGACUUCUGCCCGAGUUUGAAGCUGGGAGAUGGAGACUAUGUCAUGCCAAGGAAGAACUUCCCGCUGUGGGACUUGAUCUGCAGAAAUCCCAAUCUCAUAAAGGCAGAGGUUCAUGAAUGGAGUGAUGGGGAGGAGCUGGAGCAUGGUCUGCUCCACCUGAUCAAGAAAAUUUCAGAAGAAAACAAUGCUAACAACAACUCAGCUGCUGCCCAGUUGAUAUCUGUAGACUGCAAGUUUGAGACAAUGGCUGCCCAAGCCCUGCCUCAAGCUUUCCCAGUUCCUCAUUAGUUCUUCUAUGAAUCCCCCAUUGUUGGCCAUUAAUUACAUCCCUUUGUUUUUUUCUUCUUGGGAUCAACUGUUUUUCCCCUUUAAUAUAUGUAUACCAGAGCCUGGUGCAGUUGUUUCUGAGACCAAAAACAGAUCAAACUGAAAUACAGUACUAGUUUGCUUCAUCUAAUAUCAAUCCCUUUCAUAUACAA